GAAGGAUGGGAAUUACAGAAGAACAGUUGUUGCUUGCUUCAUACAAGCAGUUUAUUUGCUUGAACUAGACAGACAAGAAAACAGGACAUCAGAAAAUGCUCUUGCUCCCAAAUGGUGGAUACCCUUCAAGUACAAGCUGGCCCAAACCCUGAUUGAUGAGAGAGAUGGAUCAGUAUUUGGUGCAAUUCUGGAAUGGGAUCGAUCUGCUGCUUUGUCAGACUUCAUACUCAUUAGACCCAGUGGUGCACCAAGAGCAGUUUUAACACUCAGAGGAACACUUCUCAAAAGCCCAACAAUUAGACGUGACAUAGAGGAUGAUCUCCGGUUUCUAGCUUGGGAAAGCUUAAAGGGUUCUGUCAGAUUUAAUGGAGCUUUGGAGGCGUUGAAGUCAAUUGCCAACAGGUAUGGAAGCAGCAAUGUAUGUGUUGCAGGCCAUUCUCUAGGGGCUGGGUUUGCCCUCCAAGUGGGAAAAGCAUUAGCCAAACAGGGAAUAUUUGUAGAGACUCAUUUGUUUAAUCCACCUUCUGUAUCUUUAGCGAUGAGUAUAAAGAAUAUUGGGGAAAAAGCUGGAUUCGUUUGGAAGAGGUUCAAAUCAAUGCUUCCUUCUUCUAGUGAAACUCAGGCCAGCAAUGAUGAGGUUACAGAAACAGGUGGUUUAGGACUAAAGAAAUGGGUACCUCAUCUAUAUGUGAACAACAGUGACUAUAUUUGUUGCUAUUACACUGAUCCGGCUGGAGCAGGAGAUAACCAUGACAAGGAGAAUUUGUGUCCAUCAAAUGAGCAAGUUGCCGCAAAACUUUUUGUGUUGUCAAAGGGAAAGCAGAAGUUUCUUGAGGCACAUGGAUUGGAGCAGUGGUGGUCUGAUGAUUUGGAACUUCAAAUGGCUCUGCAUAACAGCAAGCUCAUAAGCAAACAGCUGAAAUCCUUAUAUAGCAUCCCACCUCCUCAACAAACUCAAAGCAAGCCUCAAUAAUAAAAGGUAGCCGCUUUCAAUGUUUGGCAAAAAACUCAUUUUCAAUCUGGAAUCUUCUAUACUAUU